AUGUCCAAAAUACCAAAUACUCAUUUACAUCCGAAUACGUGGCAAAAAAUGAAAGUAAGGUGUGCAACUCAAAUUUUCAACAGAACAGUAUCAGCAUUAAUUUGUAGUUUUGGCCUUAGGAAAUGGUCAGAAUUGCGCAUCUGUGAAGACGACAAUGAUGGUUAUUUAACUAUUGAUGUUCUAUCAUAUAUUUCCACUAACGAAAAACCAAUUAUUGAGAAUAAUCCAGUAGUAGAAGUACUUGAUGAAUUAGAUAGUACGUUUUUAUCAAAUUCAAAUUCAAAUUUGUCUUCAAAUUGA